AUGGCAGUCAACAUGACGGAUGAACAAUUUCAACAGCUGCUUUCAAGACUGGCGCCAGGGAAAAAGGGUUCUUUUGCUGCCUGUACGUCGAGUUUUGAUGGUACAAAGGAUGCUGAGGUGGUGGAAGCGUUCCUGUCAGCAAUAACUGUUUACAAAACCAUUGAGAACAUCUCCGACACUGAUAGCCUAAUUGGAAUUCUGCUAUUACUCAAGGGAGAAGCUGCAAUAUGGUGGCAAGGAGUUAAAAAUGAUGUCAAGCAAUGGGAGGAGUUCAAGAACUGUCUUCGCCAUGUGUUCGUCCCGAAGAAGCGUGCGUACUUAAUAUACCAGGAGAUAGUGGGAGACAAGCAGAACUCAGAUAUGUCAACUGAAAGCCUCGUGGCACACAAAAGAAUGCUGUUUACUCAACUCCCCACCGAGCAUAGCGAGAUACAACAAUUGGACAUGGUGUUUGGACAAUUGAACAUUAAGAUCAAAGAGAGAAUACCUCGAAACUCUAUCGCGAAUUUUGAAGCUGUUAGAAGCAGUCCGUGGGGUAGAACAGCUUUAUGA